AUGCACGACGCUCCUCGUCGACCUGUCUUGUCGCAAGAACACGAGUCAAGCAACAGCACCACAAGACGACAGCAGCACACAGAACAGAAAACUACGGCUCGACUCUCCACCUUCCACAUGGCAGCUCCGUCUAUCGCUGCGCGCUUUAUUUGUCUCUUCGCCGCUUUGGUCGUCCCUCCUGUUGCUCCGACCGCCUUUCUCUGUGGCAAGGAAGCUGGAAUUCGGACUUUGGUCGCUCUAGAUGACCAAGAGGAACAACUGGAGCGGAUUGAAAAGGGAAUGGACGAGAUCAACGCAGACAUGAAAGAAGCUGCGAAAAGUUUGGCGGCUAUGGCCAAGUGCUGCGGGAUCUGCGAUCUCUCCUGUAACAAGUCCUCCUCGUCCAAGGAGGACGACGCCGUGUGGAAGGGAGACGACGAUUCCAAGGUGGUGCAGAACCAGCCGCAGCGGGUGAUGGACCCCAACUGCAUGGGGCCCCAGACCGGAUACAUCGGAAAGAUAACCAACGAUGCCAGAGAACAGGAGAUGGAAGAGAACAUGGAGGAGGUGAGCGCCAUGGUGGGCAACAUGCGCAACAUGGCCCUGGACAUUGGCAACGCCCUCUCCAACCAGGAAGUACUCAUCAACAGGAUACAGAGAAAGGCCGACUCCAACGUGCACAGCGUGGCCGAGGCGAACGAGAAGGCUCACGCCCUGCUCAAGUAAUCUGCGCUCCUCCGGACAUCCACCGUCACACCACCACAACUUUAAACAAGUGCUUAUUAACCUCUCCAUUAUUAUAUCUACUGUAGAGCAGUUGAAUGUAGCAUGUUCUGCUCUGAUGCAUCUCCAAGAUAAGUAGUAUAUGAACAUUUUUACCUGUUAUGAAUAUCUUGUGUUUCGAUGACACACUGACGUUACUUCAUAUUGCAUGGCUAGUCCGAUAGGAAUGCUAUGUGACGCAGGAAAUGCAGUGCUGGUGCAGGGCCAUUUGCGAUCAGCAGCCUUCUAGUGUUCUCCACUCAUUUCCUUCUGAAUACCGCUGACGCAUUCUUAUCUUGGUGACGUUUGUCAGGCUACCAUACAGUUCAUCACGUCAUGAAUGCGGGUUUGGCACAUGAAUCUGCAUGUACUAUACGAAACGGCCCACUGGUCAUAGCACAAUUAUCACAACCCGAGGCUGAGUUUUAUCUCGGGGAGCAAAUGCUCGAAAUAACAUAUUGUACUGCUGUUAAUAUUGCCAUGCAUUUUAUUCUAUUUUUAACUCAUUUUGUAUUUGAAUGAGACAAAUAGAGAUAGAUGGGUCUAGGGGAUGGAAAACAAAUAUCUUCCAGCAUUUAAUAAGGUUUUAUCAUAAACAUUCUUUCCCGUAGCUGGGACUUCUAGAUGUUCGUUUCACAAGUAAAAUUUUACAAUGAAUUUAAUAUCAACAAAUAUUAUAACUUUGUUAUACAAAUUAAGAACUCAAACUUAUUUAUUUUGUAAAACAAAAGUAGAUGCAUUACGGUUGAGUAGCAAUUUGAUAUUUAUAUCCAAUACAAUUUUGUUGUAUACAAACUACAUAGGUAUUCAAAAAUAUAUUAGUGACAUAUUUUUCUUCCAAACUCCAGAAAAUGUUCAUAUGUUUGUAAAUAAUAAUUUUAUUUCUUAGAAAGACAGGGCUUUAAUGCUUUGUCACAUCUUAAAUACCCCCCUAAGUUCGGUUCCCUGUGUGCUUACCCCAGGGCAAAGAGGUAAUAGUACAGCUUCAACUGAGAAGUGAUUUGGGGGAUCCCGAAAUUACAUGUCGAGUAAGAGUCAGUAGGGAGUAGGGUUACGCAGUAUGUAACUGAUGGGAGCAAAAUUCAUUCAUUAAUUCAUUCUCUUCAAAUGUUGCGAGGGACUAUAUUUUCUAUCAUGGGAUUCAUCUUUCAGUCUUGUAUUACUGCAAUUUCUCUACUCCCUGCUCUACAAUCGUAAAGACGGUGUCUACCGCAUAAACACUAAGUAUUCAGUAGCAUGAUUUCUGCAUAACGUAUUUGCCAUUACUGCAUUGGAGUAUCCGUAAUUUUCUGCAUGCAUCUUUCAGAAACCAUGUAGCAACGUAUGCCACAUAUUUAAUAUUGUAUCCGACCUACCACUAAAAUACGACAUGAAAAGUGAAAUAUUCACUUUUGAGUAGUUUUCACUUUCCAAAUCUGAUAAAAUAUAAAGUACCAGUUUCAGAGCUCAAUAUAACUCGUUCUGUAGUGGUAAAAUUUCUGUCGAUUUUAUUCAGUAAGCAUACCUGAACUGAUUUGUAAAAGUAAUGUAUACUAUCUGUAAUAUUUUGUAAUGACGUGGUAAAAAAGUUUAUUUAAUGUUGUAAGUAUUAUGUUUAAAUAUAGUGAUCGGACGGCACUCUUAUAAAUUGAUAUUGGUACAUUUAUUUUACCAAAUGCUUAAUGAAUAACGAGAGUUUGUGCAAUCUCUCGGUAAAAUAGUGUAAAAUAGUAAAUUAUGUUUGUUUUAUACUUUUAAGGAAACGGCAGCACGAAAGCCUGAUUGUUAAUUAAAUACACCUAGUUCAUACGCUUGCAUGAAAUGGUAAGAGUUUAUAAAUUUCAAGUAAUGAUAUUCUUUGUACUGAACUUCUCAGUAUUUGUAGAUAGUAUCGUGUUCUGAGCUUACGUAAAAAUCAUCAGAAGAAAAUUUUAGAAUGAAGUGAUUAGAGUUUUAUAAUGAAUGAUAGUAGUAGGUAUUGUUGAAGCCUAUGGACUCAGUGAACGCAGAAGACACGCAGAAGAGCACAAAUAAUUUUUGUUGCAUAUUGAGUGACUUGUGUAGCACAUCAAUAAUGUAUGAAAACUAAUCAUUCAAGGAAGUAUGAAUUCUUGAUCGGAAGAGAGGUGCAGAAUGAAAGUAGAAUGUACAUUAUACUACUGAGUUAUUGGAAAAAAUGUUAUGUUUCUAUGUGAUGUUUAAUAUAGUAAUGAUAAUGAUGAUAUUGAUAAUUCUAGAACUUCACAUAACUCGGGAGUGAAUGAAUGUUGCCUCACAUCGUGAAGUUGAGGAGUGACAUCUGAAACGAUUGCCUUGUAAAUUGUGAUAUUUGCGUUUUAACGUAUAAUAGUAUGCCAAGUUGAUGAGCUUCUUUAAGUCAUAUUAAAUCAAUUAAAACGGCUUUACCCACUCAAAUUUCUUUCUUCUUUAAAGGUUUCUUAGUUAAUGAGCCAACAAUAUUUCAAAACAACUGAUUACAUAAAAAGUAAAACACCAGACAGUUAUGGACAAUCAAACACAAGCUGGUGCUCAAACGACACUAAACUAAACGCAUUUACCCACAUUCAAGUGGUAAUUUUGAUUUAUUCCAAGUUAACUUUUGACAAGAUUGUGAUUACUAUGUAGCACGAGUCCUUGCAAGGCAACGACAUUUCUGGCAUUCUAUCGAAUUUAUUGCGUUUUUCGGAUUCAGUACAACUUGGUAUUGGACUGUGAAAUGGUACUAUGUUAUUCAAAAUUGUUCGCACCGUGCUUAUUACUAUUAUUCUAUCAUUUAGCGUACGACUUUGCGUUCCGAAUGAAUCCGCUGAUCACAUGCAUGAGUUUUCUGAACGAAAUCGCCAUCUUGUUUAAGCAUGAUGCAUGCUGGGAAACACUGGCGACAAGCCAGCUAAUUGCCAGCGCCGAUUAGAGCCUUUGCUACAUAAAAUAGGCCAGUCAGCCACAGCUCGUUCGAACGUUUAUUACUUUAUUUAUUAAUAUUAUUUAUAUUAUUUGGAUUGUUUAAGAUAUAGAAUUUAACUUUUUGUCUUGUUAUCUUAUCGUUCAUUACUUUCGUUAUAUUAAUUUCCUAAAACAUUCGCAUUUUGCUGACCUGUCGUAAUUUAACACUGUUUUCUCUGUCGCUGGUAUCUACCGCACAUUCGAGCGAGUCCAAUAAGGGUGGGAGAAGGAAGAUGACGUCACGGUGAGGGGUGGGGAUGGCAACGAUUCAUCGAUGUUCAAAAACAUCCACGCUAACGCUUCGGGGCGUUCGUCCAAGUCGUAUGAAAUAGAUGAAAAGAGGUUUGAGACCAAAGUAUCAACGACUCUUGAGUGAAGUAACGCGUCUCGUGCUCGAACAACGAUUUAGUCGAACGUUGAAACAUAGAAUGGCGUUUUACGCGCAUUUUGCCGACCAUCAUUUUGUGAUUACUUAUACUGAUGAGUAAUAGUAUAAAAAACAUUGAAAUGCCAUAACCUCGCUUAAUUAUUUUAGUGGAUCCGCGUAAAUCCACCAAGAGAAAUAUUGAAAGAUUAUUGCGUCCCCAUACCACUACCACAACACAAAAUAUUAGAAACCUUACACAACGAAAAUAAUGUUGGCAUUGUCUGAAUAAUAUUUUUGAGUGAAAUCAGAAAAAAGGGAAGAAACAGUUAUCAUAAAUGCCCAUUUUAUGAAUUUUGAAUUUUUAACGUAGGUAAUAGUUUGUUAAUACAUAUACGUUGUGUCGAAAAAUUUAAGUGUUUAGGAUGUAAAUACUUGUUUCCUCCUGUUACAUUUAAAUUAAUGAGAUCACAAUAUUUGCCGACAUGCAAAGAAAGGACUGUUGGAUACAAUGUAACUUCCGUCAAGAUUUUCUGAAAAUGUAAAAUGAGAUGCUUAAAUACUUACUGUAAAUUAAGAAUAAAUCGAAUUAAACCUUAUGUGUAAAAUCAUCGAUGUUCAUUGGUUCGAUGUUAUCGAUGUCCG